AUGGGCUCUUGCAAGUCCCCUCAUGUUGUUCUUCUGCUAUAUGUCUUGGUUUGCUUUGUGUAUCAAUCUUUUGCUAUUGGAGUUGAUACGAACCAGACUGCAAAGCUGCUGGUGGAUGCUUCUGAAGCAUCGGGACGGCCAAUAUCUGAUACACUGUUUGGAAUUUUCUUUGAGGAGAUUAACCAUGCUGGUGCUGGCGGGCUAUGGGCUGAGCUUGUAAGCAAUAGAGGUUUUGAAGCUGGGGGCCCUAACGUUCCUUCCAACAUUGAUCCUUGGUCAAUAAUUGGGACUGAGUCAUCUUUGAUAGUGUCAACGGACCGUUCUUCAUUCUUUGACCGCAACAAGGUUGCACUCCGAAUGGAGGUGCUAUGUGAUAGCCAAGGUGCCAAUAGCUGCCCUGAUGAUGGUGUAGGAAUUUAUAAUCCUGGGUUCUGGGGCAUGAAUAUUGAAAAAGGGAAGAACUACAGUGUUGUUCUUUAUGUCCGCUCAUCUGGAUCGAUCAAUGUGUCCGUAUCAUUGACGGGCUCAGAUGGGUUGCAGAAACUUGCUGCUGCGAGCAUUAUAGCUUCUGGUUCAGAAGUUUCAAACUGGACAAAAUUCGAAGUUAUGUUGGAUGCCCAAGGAACAAAUCCUAAUUCAAGACUGCAAUUGACAACAACCAGAAAGGGUUUAUAUGGUUUGAUCAAGUGCGGCACUUUUGUCGAAGGUGAAUGGCUACGAAAUGCAUUUCGUUGGAAAGAAACAAUUGGACCCUGGGAAGAGAGACCUGGACACUUUGCUGAUGUUUGGAUGUACUGGACUGACGACGGACUUGGUUAUUUUGAGUUUCUCCAACUAGCAGAGGACCUUGGUACAUUGCCAAUAUGGGUAUUUAAUAACGGAAUCAGUCGCAAUGAUGAAGUUGAUACUUCCAGUGUCUUACCAUUUGUACAGGAAGCUCUUGAUGGUCUUGAGUUUGCUAGAGGCAAUCCUAAUUCUACCUGGGGUUCUCUCCGUGCUGCAAUGGGACACCCAGAACCCUUUGACUUGAGAUAUGUUGGUAUUGGGAAUGAGGAUUGCGAAAAAAAGAACUACCGAGGAAAUUACCUUAAGUUCUAUAGUGCUAUAAAACGUGCCUAUCCAGACAUCAAAAUAAUUUCAAACUGUGACGGAUCUUCUCAAAAGUUGGAUCAUCCAGCUGAUUUGUUUGAUUUUCAUUUCUAUGCAGAUGAUGCCAAAAACAUGUUUUCUAUGGCUCAUCAUUUUGAUCAUACAUCACGUAGUGGUCCCAAGGCUUUUGUGAGUGAGUAUGCCGUCACAACAGGAAGUCUUCUAGCAGCACUAGGUGAAGCUGGAUUUCUUAUUGGGCUGGAGAAAAACUGUGAUGUUGUUGAGAUGGCAAGUUAUGCACCACUCUUUGCAAAUGACAAUGGCAGGAACUCGAAAUUCUCUGCAAUUGUCUUUAACUCCUCACAUCUCUAUGGGACUCCUAGCUACUGGAUGCAAAGUCUUUUUAACGAGUCAAGUGGAGCAACUGUUUUCAAUGCAACACUCCAAACAAAUUCGUCUACUAAUCAAGUGGAGCAGCUUCUUGCAUCUGCAAUUUCUUGGAAAAAUUCAGAAAAUGAGAAUAGUUACCUAAGAAUCAAGAUUGUGAACUUCGGAACAGACGCAGUGAAUCUCAAGAUUGUUGUGGACGGGUUGGAGCCGAAUUCCAUUAAUCUGUCUGAGUCGACAAAGACUCUGCUCACGUCAAACAACCCGAUGGAUGGGAAUUCCUUUAAUGAUCCAAAGAAGGUGAUACCGAAAAGGAUUCCACUUGAAAAGGCUUUUAAGGAUGGUGAGGAUGUGGAGGUUGCAAUCUUGCCGUAUUCUCUCACUUCGAUUGAUUUCUUAAUAGAAUCAAGCUAG